UACAACAAUUCUUCAAUUUUAUUCAAAAUGUGUUUUUCGAAGUAUUCAUUAAUUUCCCUUCCGGACAAACCGCAGCCGAGCGACGGAAGUUCAUUUCCAAUUCUGAACGAUUGCUGCACGCCUCAAAUCUGAGAUAUAAUCCCAUGUUCAAUCAGUCACUUGAUUUAGAAUUAAGAGUGAAUCCAAGCCGUGCACUGUAGCCCCGGUGCACAUUCAAUUUUGUGAGUACUGUGCAAUAUAUAUGUAUAUAUGUAGAUAUGUGUGUCUUAUGCACUUUGUUGUGCUGCUUGUACAAUAAAAAUAUUCAUUUAAUCGCUUGAUUUAAUUGUGAACUGUGGUCGAGUUAAAACACAUUUUUACUAAAUUGAACAAAAAUAAAGAAACAGAAACGUUACAGCCAGUGUCUAAAUUUAAUUGGAAGUUUUUGUGUCUUUGUGUGAUUAUAAAAUAUAUUUCUUCCGGCUAACGACCGGUUUAUUAAGAGCCCUUUUUAAAUAAAACUUUUGUUUGUGAGUGUUGAUUUUUAUAUAUAAAAUAUCCGAAAAUGUUUCUUCAAAAAAUUACGCGCAAACAUUUGCUGAUUAUGGCCAGUCUCUGUGUAGUAGUAGCCGUGAUCAUCAUUUGCAUUUACACUACAACAGGGGCAGGUGAGCAGGCCGCCAAAUUAACGAAUGUAGAAGAUUGCCCUAAUGUGUCGGUGGACAACAAGAACUCCACUCUCAAACUGCUACAUAUCGUGUUGCGUCAUGGGGCUCGCACUCCGGUGGAUACCUAUCCAAAUGAUCCAUAUGCAAAUGAUGCAUUCGAACCAACUGGCUGGGGUCAUGUAACUAAUAAAGGAAAGCUCGAACUUUUUGACAUUGGGCUAUGGCUAAAUAGACGUUAUGGCAAAUUUAUGGAGCCGCACUAUUCCCCAAGCCGCGUUCAUGCUCAAGCAACAGGCUCACCUCGCGCCAUGAUGUCCCUAUCCACUGUUCUUGCUAGCUUUUUUGCACCACACGACACCCCUAUGGAAUGGAACACUGAAUACAAUUGGCAACCAAUACCAAUUUUUUCAGAACCAUUGGAACAAGACUCUUUGCUUAUUGUUCGAACACCCUGUCCGCGUUAUUUUGAGGCAUAUGCCGAAGUAAUGCAGUUGCCGGAGGUGAGAGCAGAUUUAGCGCGUUAUGAAUCGCUCUUCAAAAACUUAACUGAACUCACGGGAAAGCCCAUUAACAGUGCUGAGGAAGUUGGUUCACUUUACAUAACCUUAUUAGCGGAGAAAGAGUUCGGAUACACACUUCCUUCGUGGACGCAACAUUACUACCCGGAAAAGAUGCAAUAUUUAGCUGAGCAAUGUUAUGUUUAUAACAGUUAUACAAAGGAAAUGCAGAAGAUAAAGGGUGGUCCUUUUUUAAAGAAAAUGUUUUCAGAAAUGUUGGAAAAACGGAGCGGAAAACUCAAUCCCAGCGAUCGUAAGCUUUUCAUCUAUGCUGGUCACGAUUGGACGGUGGGUAGCAUACUCUCGGCGUUGAAUGUUUGGAAACGUCAAAUGCCACGCUUUGGAGUCAUGACUAUGUUUGAGCUACAUCAAAAUCAACAAACUGGGGAAUUCUAUGUGGAGAUUUAUUUACGAAACAAUGAAAAGGGUUGCGCUGAGUUGCUGGAUGUGCCAAACUGUGGCACUAAAUGUCCAUUGGACAAACUAAUUGCACUAAGCUCGGAUGUCAUACCAAAUGAACCAUAUGAGGAGCGAUGUAAGGCGAAAAAUCCCGAUUUUAAAGAGCCACCGCCACGACCAGUGGAAUCGAAUUCUCAAAAGCAAAGAUAAAUUAUUUUAUGUAAAAUAGGAUAACUUAAAUGAAAAAAGUAUUAGUAUUUUUAAAUUACUGUUGGUUGUUGUGUGAUUUCGAUUUAUAAAUAAU